AUGGCUGCCGUACGAGGACAUCAGUACUUUAGCCUGCGAUGGAACAACUAUCAGAACACGAUGACAUCCGUGUUCCAGCAACUGCGCGAAGAUCUCUCCUUUGUCGAUGUGACCUUGUCCUGCGAACACGGUUCCCUCAAGGCACACAAGGUUGUACUCUCCGCCUGCUCGACAUACUUUCAAAAGCUGCUGCUGGAGAAUCCAUGCAAACAUCCCACAAUCAUCCUACCCGCCGAUAUCAUAUUCACAGAUCUUAAAACAAUCAUCGAUUUCGUCUACCGCGGCGAGAUUGAUGUCACCGAAUCAGAACUACAGGGCCUCUUGCGCACCGCCGAACAACUGAAGAUCAAAGGCCUCUGUGAGACAGCGGAAAACGCUGAUGAUUUGAACGACGCGGCCACAGCGACAAUAACCGUGUCGGAGAACAUACAGCAGGCAGUCGUGGGCAGCAUUGUGAAUCCCAGCAUAGUGCCGGGUGGAGCAGCCUCACCCUCGCUCGAGCAGCAGCACCAUCAGCACCACCAACAGGCCCAAGCGCAGGCCCAGGCCCACGAACAGGAGCAACAACAGCAGCAGCAACAGCAACAGCAACAGCAGCAGGUGCAUGCCCAGCAGCAUCAGCAGCAGCAACAAAUCAACGCUUUGUUGACCCAACACGGAGUGGCCAGUGGCGGCAGUGUACCUUUGGGUGGACAGCUGCUCAGCACGACAGCGAGUGGUAGCAGCGGCAGCGGGGCUGGCAGCUUGCAGUCACAGUCCGGGCUCCAGCCGACGACGCGCAAGUCGCGACUCAAGCGAUCCAAGUCUCCGGAUCUACAGCUGGUCGGAGGCAGCGCCAGCGGCAGCAGCAGCGGCGUCUCCCAGCAGCCACAGCCGGCGCAUCAUCACUCGCAGACGCUGCUCAUACAGGGCCAGAAUCAGACAUCCAUUGUGAGCCUACAGCAGACGGCCGAGGGCAAUUAUAUACCCGUGCCGGGCACCGGUGACGAGUCGGACGUGGAUCACGAUCACGAUCACGAUCACGACCACUCCCACGAUCACUCACACAAUCUUUCACACUCCCACGAACACGAGCACGAGCACGAGAGCAAGCCGAGCAAAAUCUGCAAGACAGAGCAAUCGCUGGCCUCGCCAUCGUCCAACUCGUCCAGCCACUCGAACAAUGCAACGGGCGUGAGCGGCGGAGUGACCUCAGCGGGCCAAGCCAUCGUCACACAAAUUGUAGUAGCGCGCGACGGAAAAGAUACAAAAAAUAUGACUAGUUUAGGCAUGGGCAUGAACGGAGGCCUGCUAGGCGUGCCCAUGGGAUUCCUGGACUUCACACCCGAGCCACCAGCACCAUCUGCCACACCAGUCACCGUUACGGAGCACGUCGACCUCUCGUGCAACCCCAGCACGGACACACGCGAUCUAUCAAAUCCCACCGAACCGCUCGACAUUGACAAUCAUUUGGCGCAGCAGAUCCAUCGACUCGAUCAAUCUCCCAUGCAUUCGAUAGCCCAUCAUCAUACCGGGGACGAGAGCAACUCGAACCUCGUGCAGCACAUCAAGAGCGAGGUGAUCGAUGCCAAGCAUCUGGCGGCUGCCCAGCAGCAUGCGAUCUCCCACGCCCAGCAGCAGCAUGCCCAUCAUCAGGCACAGCAGCAGCAGCAGCAACAGCAGCAGCAGCAGCAGCAGCAACACCUCCAUGCCCAGCAGCUGAUGGCCCAAAGUCAGGCCCAACAGCAGCAGCAGCAGCAGCAGCAGCAACAACAGCAGCAUCAGCAGCAACAGCAGCAGCAUCACCAGCAGCAACAGCAACAGCAACAGCAGCAGGCGGCGGCUGCGGCUGCGGCAGCUGUGCACGCCCAACAUGGUGGGCAUGUGACGCACGCGGAGAUCAGUGGGGCAACUGUCAUGGAGAUUGAUCCGAGCCAAAUAAAGCAUGAGCCUGGAAUGAUUAUAACGCCGGAGAUUGUCAACAUGAUGUCCUCAGGGCAUAUGGAUAUGUACAAUUCGGAUACGAGCGAGGAUUCGAUGAUGAUCGCGAAUGGUUCGCCGCACGAUCAGAAGGAGCCGCACUAUACGAACUUGGAUCAGCAGCAUGGAGGCGGGCUGGGUGGCAGCGUUUGCGGCCCCGGUGGUGCUGGUGGUGGUGGGGGCAUGGGUGGUGGGACUGGCUCUGGCUCUGGCGAGAAAGGUCAGUUUAAUGGUCCCAAAGCUUGGACACAAGAUGAUAUGAAUUCAGCUUUAGAUGCAUUAAAGAAUCAAAACAUGAGCCUGACGAAAGCAUCUGCCAUUUAUGGCAUCCCAUCGACCACCCUCUGGCAGCGUGCUCAUCGUUUGGGCAUCGAAACGCCCAAGAAGGAGGGCGGCACCAAGUCAUGGAACGAGGAUGCCCUGCAGAAUGCCUUGGAGGCGUUACGUUCGGGCCAAAUAUCCGCCAAUAAGGCAUCGAAAGCCUUUGGCAUACCCUCAUCGACGCUCUACAAGAUAGCGCGUCGUGAGGGCAUCCGCCUGGCGGCGCCAUUCAAUGCCGCACCAACCACGUGGACGCCCGAGGACUUGGAGCGUGCAUUGGAGGCGAUCCGGGCGGGUAAUACCUCUGUACAGAAAGCCAGCGCUGAGUUUGGCAUACCCACAGGAACACUUUACGGACGCUGCAAGCGGGAGGGCAUUGAGCUGUCGCGCUCGAAUCCCACACCAUGGUCCGAGGAUGCCAUGAACGAGGCCCUCAACUCAGUGCGGGUUGGCCAAAUGUCCAUCAACCAGGCGGCCAUCCAUUACAACCUGCCCUACAGCUCGCUGUACGGCCGCUUCAAGCGUGGCAAGUACGAUGUGGUGGCAAACACAAGCGGCGUAUCGCUGAUGAACACCUCGGGCAACACCACGGGCAGCAUUGAGAUUAUCGAGCACAGUCAGGAGAAUUCGAUGCAUAUGUUGCAGCAACAGUUCCCGUACAGUCCAUCGCCGCAUCCGGCAACGCCGCAGCAUCAUAGCACACCGCAGCAUCACAGCUCGUCUCAGGGGCCGCCAACGCCGCAGCAUAUGCAGCAGCAUGUGGUGCACAUGCAGCAACAGCAGUCGCCGCAUCAGGGCCACCAUCCGCAGCACAUGCAACAGGACGUGGUAACGUCAAGCAGCCAGGUGGUGCAUAGCCAACAGCAACAGCAGCAACAGCAGCAGCAGCAGCUUCAGCAGAUCUAUCAGCACCAUGGCACGCCCGAGCGUAGUUGAGAAUCACUGCAUGCUGCGGCAAUAAUGGGCAGCACCGGUGGAAUAGGAGGAGCAGCAGUUGGAGGUUGUGGUGGCUCUAGCACCAGCACCACCACGCCCAGUACUACGCCCUUUGCCAGCAUAUCAGCGUUGGUCAGCGGACCGGCUGGCGCACCUCCAGCCACAGUCACAGGCAUGGCCACAGCAGCAGCGGCAGCAACUGGCACCAGCAAGCGCAAGAAAUCGUCCAAACAAAAGCGUUGAAAGCAGGAUCAGCCUCGGUGGCAGGUGCAGGAGCAGGAGCAGGAGCAGGAACAUGAUGGGGAGGAUAUAAAAACGAUUGCCGGCGUGGCCAAGUCCGAGGACAUCAAAUUUAGAUUUAAUUAUAAGCACUGGAAGCGCAAGCUGAUGCAGUUUCAUUUGCUAAUGUCCAAACCAUAGAACGAGUUAGGGGUAGCAGCAGCAGUCGGAAAAAACUCCAUUUCAAACUUCCCAAGAGUAAUCCAAUCCAAUUCAAUCCAAUCAAAUCCAAUCACAAAUACGAUUAGCUAGAUUUGGACAGUAAAUUUACACAAUUGAGAUGUGUAUAAAAUGUAAAUAUAAUGAGAAAGAAAUAUGCUUUAUCUACAAUAUACGGAACAUAGUUAAAUAGCUGUAGGUUCUCAAAGUCCUUUUGUUCUAGCCGUUUAAGCAGACCCUAGAGAGAAAGAAAGAUAUAGAUAUAUAGAUCGUACAGGAAACAUGAAUUUUGCUUUGCCCUAGACUCGAAAGUUAAUGAAUUAGUUUCUUUUUGGUGUUUUUAGUUUGGCGGCUUGAAGAGUAGUCUGUUUUUAGUGGACAUAAAAUAUAUGCAUAAAUGUACGUACACAUAUAGAUACAGAUAUAAAUGUAUAUAUAAUAUAUGUAUAUGUUUAUAAUUUGGACUUGUAACCAUUCGGAAAACUUUGAAUGAGGGUCAGGCGUAGGUGUAAGGAAAAAAGUAGCAGAAUUCUGAUUCUAGUUAUCCCCUCCUCCCCUGACACAAACAAACACACACACAAACACAUCAACUAUCAUAAUUUUCGCUUAGUGUGAGACUGAAAGUGCGCCGUGAAAUGGUGAAGACCGACCCGACCGUAUAGCCAAAAGCCCAAAACAAUAUCGAAAAGAGCAAAGAAACAGAAACACUUGAAUCAAAUCAAAUGCUUUAUACCAUACCGUGUUGAGAGCGAGGGAAGGAAAGAUUAAAUACCUUAAAAUAGAAUUAAACCAAAUUAUCAAGGUCCUAGCAAUUAAACUCAUUAGCGUGUAGCGACAAAGGAAAAGGAAACAAA